CGACAAAAUAUUUCGGAUUCAGCGCGUAAACAAGGCCGAAGCUUCUUCCUGCUGAACGUGAGAAGGAUCGUGCUUUGAUCCUCAUAAUCCAGCGACAGCAACGCCGAUUUUUAUAGGGGCAUAGUUAGGAUUUUGCCUGUGACGUUUUCUCAAGCAGCAGCUUCAGGAUAAGAAAGAUGGAGCCGGAGGUAGUGGAGGCAGAGCUAGUUUUACCAUCCUAUCUCAGUUUUAAGCGGGUACAAACAUAUGAGAAAUAUCCCAAAGGCCAAGCCCGUGGCCGGCACUGGAAACAUCUUAAGCAGAUUCUUCAAGCUGAGAACUACCAGAAUUACUCACCUGAUGAACCCAACUAUGUGAAUAUUGAGUCACCACCUUCUAUACAUCCCUGCAAAAGAAUUUGCGAUAUUACAGGCUUUGAGGCACCCUACUAUGAUCCCAGGACUAAACUACGGUAUGCAAAUACUGAAGUUUUCAAGACUGUCAGGUCGCUUCCUAAUGAGUAUGUGCAGAGGUACUUAGCCUUGAGGAAUGCUGCGGUUGUUCUGAAGUAACCAGGCAACUUUUGAGUACUUCUCUUCAAAAUUUCAUGUUUUUCGAUCCUUAAAAAGGUUUUGAAAUAGGCUAGUUGAUGGAACAUUGUUCUGAGGGAUAACAUUGCAGAGAACUACUUAUUCAUCAAUCCGCUUGUAAGAAAUGAAAUAUUUGCAUAUUAUUUAAUAGCUAUUGAACCUGUAUGAAAGCAUUUGAUUGCUGCUCUUUGGAGACUUCAACAAAAAUUAAAUCACAAAAAUUACAUGUUGCAGACUUCCAGUGUUAAUUCUC